AUGGGGAACGUCUCAGGUAAAGAAUUCGUGUACUCGAGCAACGACUACCAACUCGCCAUUGAGACGUCCAAGGAACUCGAGUACCGGCUGGAACACGAGUUCAACGCCCACGGUCAGGGGCUGCACGAAAUGGUUUCGUCCGUUGAGCGGCUGCUCCCCAUUCCCACAGUGCGCUCGAUCCGCUACGUUGCGACGUUACGCAACAGACUCAUUCACGACCGAGAGACACGAGCGCUGCCCGAUCGACCGCUGUUUAUCCGCAAAUUCGACAACGCAAUGACGGAGCUCAACAUUCUUAUCGACCAGAAGCGACGUGGGAGUUACGCACCUGCUGCUGCUGGUGGUGGUGCUGGAUGUGUCAUCUCUUAG